AUGUUCUAUUCGGAGGCUAUAUUAUCUAAAAAGGGCCCAUUAGCCAAAGUAUGGCUAGCCGCACACUGGGAACGCAAGUUGAGUAAAACACAAUUCUUACAAACUAAUAUACAGAACUCUGUUGGGGCAAUCCUGGGCGGUGACCAACCACCAAUGGCUUUACGGUUAUCAGGCCAAUUACUACUUGGGGUGGUCCGUAUAUAUUCACGCAAAGCCAGAUAUUUACUAGAAGACUGUAAUGAGGCAUUGGUGAAGAUCAAACUGGCAUUCACACCAGGUGUAGUGGAUAUGCCUGAAGAGUCAACUGUCGCCAAUUUCCAUGCCAUCACAUUGCCGGAUAACAUCACGGAAUACGAUAUUCUUUUACCCGAACCCGGAUUUAAUCUCGCAGCAUGGGAUGACCAGACACAGACACUUCUUGUGUCAUCCCACCAACCAUCUAAUACUUCCCGCCCACAAGACAUUACCAUCCGCGACUCAUUCGACAUGUCACUCGAUAUCACCGUUGGUGAUGACCUGCUCGGUGAUGCGUUUGACGAAGACGGUGGCCUAAACUUGGUUUUGAAUUUCGAAGACGAGCUCGACCCUCGAAUAGCUCAAGGAUCGGGUAGCAGUCAUGGUUCACCACGCGCUAUAGACGUCGAAGUCGCUCGACGAGAUGCUGCACAAGGGACGGAGAUGGCAAUAGAAGAUAUCAUCGGUCUACAUGAUAUGGACAUCGAUAAAAAUUUAUUAGAAGAUACCAAUUUGAAUCUUGAUGGAGAGAUUAAUCGUGGGUUAAGUGAAUUGGACAGAGAAGGUGAAGGAGGAGUAGUAGAGGGUCAAGAGGGAAAUAUUGAACAGCAAUUAUCAGAGCAAAGAUCGGGAAAUGAAAUGGAUAUAGAAGGUGUAGAUGUCAACGUCUUGAUAGGUGAUUACGAUCACGAACUGCAAAUGAGCGAUGAACUCCGUCAUUUGAGAUUGGAAGAUGGCGCCAGAAACCUGGAUGAUCCGGAAGCACCAGUGUUCGCUCCUGACGCUUCUCCGCGUAAUAAUGAAGAAGAACAAUUUCAAUUCCAAUCUCCGGAAGCAGAGCCUCAGCAACCUGUCACAUCUUCAAACCGAAGGAAGAGAAAGAUCCUCGAUGAGAUUACCGAACUAUCCAAUAAGCAUAUAGCAGCACAAGUUAAAGAUACUUCUGAUAUUGUAACCAAGCCUUCAUUUCUCCCAUCAUCCCGUAAACUUUUACGCUUGAGCGAAAUCCGCAAUCUCGGAGUAUUUUAUUUCUUCGAUUUAACAGCCCCGGCCAACAUUCUUCCCGAGCUGCACCGUCUAUUCUCUCGGAAACGCAUACGAACCCAACCCCCUGAACCAAUGCUCCCCACCGAUAGUAUUCAAACCGAGAAUGAUACUCCAGUUGUUGAAACGCCUGCGGAAAAUGGUAUUUCAACAGCCAGUGUAGAGGAGGGACCUGGACAGGUCGAAGGCGGUCAACAGCGAGACCAAGCUCUUGGUAAUGAUUUGAUGUCUCCAGACUAUGCACAAGACUUUUUUGACGAUAAUAUGGAUUCUCCACCCCAAGUUCCCGGUAAUGAUAAUUCGAAUAUAUCACCCGAACAUAUGGCUGAUGAUGAAGGUUCUCCUCAAGGCCUAACUAUAUUCGAUCAAGACGAUUCACAAGACCAGCAGACAGGCAGCGAGGUGACAUUUAGCAAGAACACAAUCAAAGCUAUGCGAUUAUUACAGCGGGAAUUUGAGAGAACAUCAAAUGAGGGUGGAAGCCGAAGGUUGAGGGAAAAGACGCCCAUCAGUUAUGAAACCGUUGCUGGAAAGGCUAAGAGACAAGAUGCUGUAAAGCUGUUCUUUGAGCUGUUGGUGUUGAAGACAAAAGAUGUGAUUGAUGUACAACAGAAGAAAUCCUAUGGCGAUAUUGAUAUCCGACCAAAGGCCAAAAUGUUCGACACGCUUGCGGCAUCAGCUGUACGUUAA